CUUGGUGCUGCUGCUGCUCGACGGCGUCUCUGGCGGUGCAAACUUUUGCGCUCCCAGCCAACGCGGGAUAAGUGCGCGUCUGCUGACAAGCGCUGCGUAGCCAGCGACGAUCAAUGCGGUAGCUACGAGGAGGCCUACGAGGUCGCAAAGCUCAUCGGCCUCCAUUCCUAGUGUCUUACAUGCCGCUAGCGUCUGAGAGCCGGCACAAAAAGCGCUCCUGCGAGGCCGCUGACGCCUUUCUGGACACCACAUUGCGUGCUCUGAAUCAUCAAUAGUAUAUCUAGCAGCUGAGACCGCGAGCGCCCUGCACAGGCCGCGCCAGGCGCCACAAAGCGACCCGCGAGCUGAGAGCGAAACAGCCCCUAAACGCCGCCGCCGCAACACCAUGACGGAAGAGCGCCUCACGCCCUUCAUGUUGUUUUACUGCGAAGUUCGAGAUAAAGUAGAAAAGGAGUCCCCCAAAUUGCAACCGCACGAGGUCUCGUCCGAGAUCGCGCGACGGUGGAAGGCCCUACCCGCGGACCAGAGCCGAGCCUACUCCGUCCUGAGCGCAACCUACGCCGAACAAAAGAAGUUCCAGAAGGACUCCCCAAAAGUACCACCGAGCCCAAAGCCCGUGAAGAAACGGAAGGAGCGCUACAAGGACCCCCGAGCGCCGAAAAGCGCCACGUCCGCGUAUAUGUACUUCUCGAAGCACCACCGGACCUUGUUAAAGAGAGAAAACGCUUCGUUAACCUUCGGCGACCUCGGAAAAACGGUAGGAGCGAUGUGGAAGGCGGCCACACCAGGCGAAAAAAAGCCUUUCGAGGACCUCGCGGCGCGCGACCGGGCGCGGUACGCGCGCGAGCUCGAGGAGUACAAGAAGGAGCGGUUGGCCGAGCAGGAGGCGGAAGUCGAUUCCGACGACGAGCCGCUCAUGAAGAAGCCUACACCGAAGGAGGAGUCUUCUAGUUCUGAUGACGACUAAGUAGCUCGG